AUCUCUACUUAAAGCUAUGAGAAUUUUCAGUCCAGUUCAAUUGUACAAACUCUGAUAGUCUUUAGGAAGGUGGAAAAGAAAACUUAACACAGCAAUUCUUCGAUCAGUUCAUGAGAAAUGGAAUAUGAAGCUGAAAUACCAGAGAACCCAAGUAAAAAAGAAGAGAAUUUGCUAGGGGAAGUGUACGCAAUAUCGGACAAACUGAAGAUGGAGAAAGACAACAAGGGCCAUUCACUAUCUGAGUUUGAAGGAACUUCAGAGGUUGAAAGUGUUAAGGAAUUGAUUAAAGGUAAUUAUGGAACCACUGAGGGUGAAUUUUUUUAUGCAUCACCCUUAGUUUCCAAGGCUGUCGAAGAAAAUGGCAGUUCAAUGGAAGUCCAUAUGUCAGUCGAUAAACCAAAUAAGUCAGAUGAACAGAUGUCCGGGAGUUCAUUCCACCUGACGGAGAAAACAGAAGACAAAAGAGUAGAAAUCGUCUCUGCGGGAACAAAGAGUCCAAGUGAAGAGAGUGAAACAUCAUGUGAAAUAAACAAUGUUGAGAAGAACACAUCUAUCCCCUUGACCGUCCGAGAAGAUGUUAGCUCUGAAAAGUAUAAAACGGAAGGGACAGACGCUGAAGCAAUCAAAUCACCUGGUGACACGAAAGAUGAGAAAGCAAUCAAAGAUGAGAAUGACUACGAUGGCGAUAGAAGUAUUUUCAUCUCCCCCAAAUCAGAGUGCCAAAGAGGAGAGGACGAGAAAAAAGAGACAGGAGAUGGAGAGGGUGCUAGGAAUGUGCUUGUUAACUCAUUUGUUAAUGUUGUAGAAGAAACCAGGUUAGAUGAUGCUGAAUCAGAUACGAGUGGGAAACAUGGGGAUAACUCAAUCGAGAACGGAAACCAAGAUGUUGCUGACCAUCCAGCAGUAGAGGAAAAACCUGAAGUACUAGCAGUUGAAGGAAAACAUGAAGAACCAAUGAUUGAAGAAAAACCUGAAGAACCAGCGGUUGAAGAAAAACCUGAAGAACCAGCAGUUGAAGAAAAACCUGAAGAACCAGUUGUGCAAGAGAAAAUUGAAGAAACAGAGGUUCAGGAGAAAUUUGAAAUUGAAGAAAAACCUGAAGAAUUAACAGUUGAAGAAACAACUGAACAACUAGCAGUUGAAGAGAAACGUGAAAAACCAGUGGUUAAAGAGGAGAAACCUGAAAAGGUAACUCUCAUGGAAAAAAAAAUGCAAGCUGUAGACUCGAACGACGAAAAUGAGAAUGAGCUUCCAUGCAAUACCAACAACGAAGCUGCUAACUUUCCAGAAGUUGAGGAACCAGCAGUUGAAGAAAAACCAGAAGAACCAGAGAAACCUGAUUUACCAACAGUUAAGGAGAAACAUGAAGAACCAAUGGGUGAGGAAAAAUCUGAAGAAUCAUUUGAGGAGAAAACUCAAAAUCCAGAGGCUAAAGAGAAACCUGAAGAACCAACAGCUAAAGAAACACCUGAAGAUCUAGGAGGGGAGGUAACGCCUGAAGAACUAGCACUUAUAGAGAAACCUGAAGACGCAAUGGUUGAAGAGACGAUUGAAGAACUAGUUGUUGAAGAGAAAGAUGAAAAAACAGCAAUUGAAGAAGAGAAACCUGAAACGGAAGCUCUUCAGGAGAAUAAUUCACCAAUUGUAGACCCAAAGAACAAGACAGAUAAUGCGAUUCCAAGCAAUACCAACAAUGAUAUUGCCGAUUAUCCAUCAGUUGAGGAAAAAACUGAAGAACCAGUAGUUGAAACAAAACACAAAGAACCAGCAAUUGAAGAGAACUCUGAAGAAUCAACGGUUUCGGAGAAGCCUGAAGAACCAGUGGUUGAGAAAAAAACUGAACUACCGACAGUUGAAGAGAAAUCUGAAAAACCAGCAGCAAGAGAGAAACUUGAAGAACCAUCGAUUGAGGAGACACUCGAAGAACCAGCAGUUGAAGAGAAACCUGAAAAACCAGUAACCGAAGAAGCACCUGAAGAACAAACACAGGAAGAAACACCAAAUGAACUAGCAUUUGAAGAGAAAACAGCAGUUGAAGAGGAGAAACCCAAAAAGAAAAUGCUAGUCGCAGACUCUAAGGACAAAACUGAUUGUGAAAUUCCAUGCAACACCAACAAUGAUGCUGCUCACUUUCCAGAAACUGAGAAAAAAUCCGAAGAACCAACAGUUGAAGAAAAAACUGAAAGACCAGUUAUUGAAGAGAAACUUGAUGUACCAGCAGUUAAAGAGAAACCUGAAGAACCAACGGUUGAGGAGAAACCUGAAGAACCGACAAUGAAUGAAACACUUGAAGAGCUAGCAGCGGAGGAAACACAUGAAGGACUAGCAUCUGAAAAGAAACCUGAAGAACCAACGGUUGAAGACACACCUGAAAAAACAGCAGCAAUGGAGGAGGAGAAACCUGAAACAGAAGAUCUUGUGGAGAAGAAUUUGCCAACUAUAGACUCAAAGGACAAGAUAGACAAUGCAAUUCCAUGCAAUACCAACAAUGAUAUUGCUAACAAUGCAUCAGUUGAGGAAAAACCUGAUGAACCAGUGGUUGACAAAAAACAUGAAGAACUAGCAAUUGAAGAUAAAUCUGAAGAAUCAGUUGUUUCAGAGAAGCUUGAAGAACUAGUGGUUGAGAAAAAAACUGAACAGCCGACAGUUGAAGAGAAACCUGAAAAACCAGCAGUUGGAGAGAAACAUGAAGAACCGGCUAUUGCACAGGAGAAACCUGAAAAGAAUAUGCUAAUUGUAGACUCAAACGACAAAACUAGCAGUGUAGUUCCAUACAAUACCAAUAACGAUGUUGCUCACUUUCCAGACAUUGAGGUAAAUCCUGAAAAAUCGGCAGUUGAAGAAAUACCUGAACAACCAUUCAUUGAAGAGAAACCUGAUGUACCCACGGUUAAGGAGAAACCUGAAGAACCCACAAUUGAGGAGAUAUCUGAAGUAUCAGUAGAGGACAUACCUCAAGAGACAGCAGCUGAAGAGAAACCUGAAGAACCGACAGCUAAAGAAACACCUGAAGAACUAGCACUUGAAGAGAAACCUGAAGAAUCCACAAUUGAAGAAGCAUCUGAAGAACUAGUUGUUGAAGAGAAAGAUGAAAAACUAGCAAUUGAAGAGGAGGAACUCGAAACAGAAGUUAUUCAGGAGAAGAAUUUGCCAAUUGUAAGCGCAAAGGACGAGAAAGACAAUGCAAUUCCAUGCAAUACCAACAAUAAUAUUGCUGACUAUGCAUUAAUUGAGGAAAAAACUGAAGAUCUAGUAAUUGAAAAAAAGCGUGAAGAAUCAGCUAUUGAAGAGAAAUCUGAAGAAUCAAUGGUUUUGGAGAAGCCAGAAGAACCAGCGGUUGAGAAAAUACCUAAACACCUGACAAUUGAAGAGAAACCUGAAAAACCAACAGAGGGAGAAAAGCUUGAAGAACCAUCGGUUGAGGAGACAAUCAAAGAACCAACAAUUGAGGAGGAACCUGAAAAACCAGUAACUGAAGAAACGCCCAAGGAACUAGCAUUUGAGGAGAAACAUGAAGAAACAGCUGUUGAAGAGGAGAAACCUGAAAAGGUAACUCUAUUGGAAAAGAAUAUGCUAAUAGUAGACUCAAAAGACAAAACUGACGGUGAAAUUCCAUGCAAUACCAAUAAUGGUGUUGCUCACUCUCCAGACAUUGAUGAAAAUCCUGAAGAAUCACCUGUUGAAGAAAAACCUGAAGAACCAGUUAUUGAAGAGAAACCUGAUGUACCAGUGGUUAAGGAGAAACCUGAAGAACCAACAGUUGAGGAAAAAUGUGAAGUGCCAGUUGAGGAAAAACCUCAAGAACCGGUGACUGAAGAGAAACCUGAAGAACCGGCAGCUAAAGAAACACCUGCGGAGCUAGCAGGGGAGGAAACACCUGAAGAACUAGCACUUGAAGAGAAACCUGAAGAACCAACGGUUGAAGAGACACUUGAAGAACUAGUAGUUGAAGAGAAAGAUGAAAAAACAACAAUUGAAGAGGAGGAACCUGAGAUGGAAGUUCUUCAGGAGAAGAAUUUGCCAAUUGUAAACUCAAAGGACAAGACAGACAAUGCAAUUCCAUGCAAUACCAAUAAUGACAUUGCUGACUAUGCAUCCUUUGAGGGAAAAACUGAAGAACUGGUAGUUGAAAAAACACACGAAGAACAAGUAAUUAAAGAGAAAUCUGAAGAAUCAGCGGUUUCAGAGAAGACAGAAGAACCAGCGGUUGAGAAAAAACCUGCACCACCGACGAUUGAAGAGAAAUCUGAAGAAACAGCAACAAGAGAUAAGCUUGAAGAACCAUCAGUUGAGGAGACAAUCGAGGAACCAACAAUUGAGGAGAAACCUGAAAACCCAGUAACUGAAGAACCAACACGGGAAGAAACACCUAACGUACUAUCAUUUGAAGAGAAACCGGCACUUGAAGAGGAGAAAUCCCAAAAGGUUACUCUUUUGGAAAAGAAUAUGCUAGUUAUAGACUCGAACGACAAAACUGGCAGUGAAAUUCCAUGCAAUACUAAUAAUAAUAUUGCUCACUCUCCACAAGUUGAGGAAAAUCUUGAAGAAUCAGCAGUUGAAGAAAAACCUGAAGAAUCAGUUAUUGAAGAGAAACUUGAUGUACCAGCGGUUAAGGUGAAAUCUGAAGAACCAACGGUUGAGGAGAAAUCUGAAGUACCAUUUGAGGAGAAACCUCAAGAAUCAGCGGCUGAAGAGAAACCUGAAGAGUUAGAAGGGGAGGAAACACCUGAAGAAAUAGCACUGGAAGAGAAACCUGAAGAACCAAUGGUUGAAAAGACACCUAAAGAACUAGUUGUUGAAGAGGAGAAACCUGAAACAGAAGAUCUUCUAGAGAAGAAUUUGCCAAUUGUAGACUCAAAGGACAAGAUAGAUAAUGCAAUUCCUUGCAAUACCAACAAUGAUAUUGCUGACAAUGAAUCAGUCGAAGAAAAACCUCAAGAACUAGUAGUUAAAAAAGAACAUGAAGAAACAACAACUGAAGAGAAAUCUGAAGUAUUUGCAGUUAUGGAGAAGCCUGAAGAACCAGCAGUUGAGAAAAAACUUGAAGAACUGGCAGUUGAAGAGAAAUCUGAAAAACCAACUGUGGAGGAGAAACUUGAAGAACCAUCCACUGAGGAGCAACUUGAAGAACCAACAGUUGAAGAGAAACCUGAAAAACCAAUAACUGAAGAAACACCCGAAGAAUCAACAUGGGCAGAAACACCGAAAGAACUAACAUUUAAAGAAAAACCUGAAGAACCAGCAGUUGAAGAGGUGAAACCUGAAGAACCAACAGGUGAAGAGGAGAAACCUGAAAAGGUAACUCUUUUGGAAAAGAAUUUGCUAGUUGCAGACUCGAAGGACAAAUCUGACAAUGAAAUUCCAUGCAAUACUAACAAUGAUGCUGCUCACUUUCUAGAAGUUGAGAAUGACCCUGAAGAACCAGUCAUUGAAGAGAAACUUGAUAUACCAGCAAUUAAGGAGAAACUUGAAGAACCAUCAAUUGAGGAGAAAUCUGAAGAACCAGUUGAGGAGAAACCUCAAGAACCAACUGUUGAAGAGAAACUUGAAGAACCAACAGCUAAAGAAACACAUGAGGAGCUAGCAGGGGAGGAAACACCUGAAGAACUACCACUUGAAGAGAAAACUGAAGAACCAACGGUUGAAAAGACCUCUGAAGAGUUAGCUGUUGAAGAGACCUCUGGAGAGCUAGCUCUUGAAGAGAAACAUGACAAACCAACAAUUGAAGAGGAGAAGUCAGAAGCAGAAGCUCUCCUAAAGAAGAACAUGCCAAUUACAGACUCAAAGGAGAAGAUUGACAGUAAAAUUCUCAGCAAUUCCAACAAUGAUGUUGCUGACUAUCCAACAGGUGAAAAUAAAGCUGAAGAACUGGUAGUAAAAGAAAAACAUGAAAAACAAGUGAUUGAAGAGAAACCUGAAGAACCAGUGGUUGAGGAAAAACCUGAUGAAUCAGUAGUGACAGAGAACCCUGAAGAACCGGCUGUGGAAAAAAAACCUGAAGAACAAGUUUCUGAGGAGAAACUUGAAGAACCAACAGAUGAAGAGAAAUCUGAAGAACCUGUAGCUGAUGAGUCUUCUUACCAUGAAGGACAGAAGUUUACCCCACAGAGUGAUGACAAUGAAAAUACUCAGAGAGGGGAUAAUUUCUUCAAUAAGAACAUGUUUGCUGAAGGUGAGGCUGCGCACAUUAAUAGUCAAGAGGAUCUAACCAGGCAAGAAACUUCGGGAAGCACAAAAUCUGAGGUGAACGAGCAUCCAGAAGGGCCAGAAGGACCAAACCAAACUGAUGAAACGGAAACAUGUAUAGUACAGAAGAAAGAAGAUUCCAUUCGCAGCCAGGCAGUAUUUUUUGUUGAAGAGAAAAUGAGAUCUUGUGAAGAGGUUGAAACAGAGAACUUUCAACAAGCUAAUUUAAUCAGAGAUGACUCUUUAUUGAAAGACAAGCAUGGAAUCGAAAAUGUCAUGGUAGUUUCUACAGAAGAAAUUAGGUGUGAAGGCUCUAGUGAAAAGAAUAUGCCAGUUGUAGACUCGAACAACAAGACUGACAGUGAAAUUUCACGCAAUAUCAACAAUAAUGUUGCUGAAGUUGAGCAAAAACCUGAAGUUUUAGCAGUUGAAGACAAACUCAAGGAAUUGACUGUUGAAGAGAAACCAGAAGAACAAGCAGUGGAAGGAACACCUGAAGAAAAGCCUGACGGACCAGCAGUGGAAGGAACACCUGAAGAACUGGCGGUGAUAGAAACAGAAGAACCAGUUGUUAGGGAGAAACUCGAAAAAACAAAAGUUGAGGAGAAACUCCAAGAACCAACGGUUGAGGAGAAAUCCGACGAACCAGUGAUUAAAGGGACAUUUGAAGAACCUGCGACGAAAGAAACACCAGAACAACCAAUGAUUGAAGAGAAACCUCAAGAACCAGAAGUUCAACAGAAACUUGAAGAACCAGCAAUUGAUGAAAAACUUGAGGAACCAACAGUUGAGGAGAAACCUGAAGAGCCAGCAGUUAAAGAAAAAACUAAGGAACCAGCAGUUGAUGAAAAACAUCAGGAACCAGCAGCAAUUGGAGAAAAAACUGAAGAGCUAGCAGUUGAAGAAAAACCCGAAGAACCAGAAGUUGAAGUAAAACCUGAAUUAGAAGUUGAAGAGAAACCCCAAGAACCAGCGGUUGAGGAGCAACCUCAAGAACCAGAGGUGAAAGAAACACCUGAAAAACCAGUGGUUAAAGAGACACAUGAAGAACUAGCAGUUAAAAAUAAACCUGAAGAACCAGCAAUUGACGAGAAUACUGAAGAACCAGUAGUUGACCAAAAACCUGAGGUACCAACAGUUGAGGAGAAACCUGAAGGAGCUACAAUGGAAGAACCAACAGUUGAAGAGAAACCUGAAGGAGCUACAGUUGAAGAACCAGCAGUCGAAGAAAAACCUGAGGAUUCGGCAGUUGAAAAAGCUGAAGAACCAGCAGUUAAGGAAAAACCUGAAGAACCACCAGUUGAAGAAGAACCAGAGGAUCCAGCAAUUGAAGAGAAACCUAAAGAACUAGCAGUUGAAGAGAAACUUGAAGAACCAAUAAUUGAAGAGAAACCUAAAGAACCACCAAUUGAAGAAGAACCCAAAGAACAAAACAGGGAAGAUACUGAAGCUGCCACCGAAAGAAAUGAUGAAUUUGAAACACAUAUAGUAGAGAAAGAAGAAGAUUUGAUUGGAAAACAGGCAGAACGAUUUGUCAAAGAAACAACGCGAUCUUGCAAGGAAGUUGAAACUGAGAUAAAAGAACUUAAAGAUAUCAAUGCUGCUGAUGGGACAAAUAAGAAUGCCUUACAAAAAGAAGAAACGAGUCUAGACGAGCUUCAAACAUCUACCAAAGAAGAGAUGGCGGCAAAUAACUUUGAAGAAGGCAAAGUGGUUUCAGAAACCCCCAAUCAAGAGAACUUUCAGCAAGCCAAUCUAACCAUAGAAGAGGUUAAUGACGCGCGUGGAGCAGAGAAUAUUGAGCUUUCUUCAGAAGAAAUGAGGGUGGAGGAUUGUACUAACAAGGUUGAAAGCUCUGAUUUCAGGUUCCAAAAUCAUAAUAAGUACAGCAGAGCUGCAGAUAAGCUUGAGCUACAAAACAGAGAAACAGAUAUUAGCUAUAUUCUCGAUACUCCGGUUGAAAAAGAAACAAAUGGAAGAAAGAGUGAAAAGAUAUCUGAAUCCACAGAAGAACUUAUCCAUCAGACAUCUGACAUUUCUGAAGAAAACAAAGCAGCAGUAGUUACAGACACCAAUACAUUACAAAGCUGUGCAGAUCCACAGGAACAAUCGAAGCAUCAGUUAGCUGAGGUAUGCAAAGAGAAACAGGCAGUAGGAAUAGCAGACACCAAUGCUUUACAAAGGUCUGCAGACCAUGAGAAGCCUUACAGUGCACCUGUUCAGGAGAUCAUUGACAAAUCAGAAACAGAGGAUGUUUCUUGUGCGGAUUGCCUUGAAGAAGAAAAUAGCCUCAGAACCAACCAAGAGGAGUUAAAAGAGGGAGAAAAUCCAGAAGUGAAGACAGAUGAAAAUUUUGACAAGAGAGACGAAAUCCAAAGCAUAAUGAUGUCGAAAGGAGCUGAAAAUGAUGAUUACAAGCAGCAAACAAAACAUAAGGUAUGUGGAGUCAUGGAUACAGAAGAGCAGAAUAAAGAUUCACCUGCUGGAGAACAAACAUCCGAAAAGCUAGAAAAAUUGGGGAAAAUUGAUAUUGAUGACAACAGCAAUGUUAAUCAUCAAAGUACUGAAACAAACCUCCCAGAAGAGGCCACAAAAUCAAAGGGUGAAUGUGUUAUGACGGAAAUCAAGACUCCGAUUAAAAAGGAGGAACAAGAAGAAGAUCUAAGAGAGAGCACCUGCGAAGAUUCCUCAAACAACAACACAACACAGGCGCCAAAAGAGGAGGGAACAACAAUAAGUGAACCCGAAAGAGGAAGUUUGGAACCUUUUGGAUCAGAACGAAAAACAGCAGCAGGUUCUGGAGAGAUAAUAACAUGCAAUGAAACAAAAGAAAUACAUAAAGAAGUGAAAAUUGAAAAUGCUCCAAGUGCCCAAGUAGGACGUGUACCAUGGGAAAAAGCAAGGGACGACCAGGAGGAAAUAACCCAACACUUCACAUCAUUGAAAUCCGUUAAGGUUUCAGAAAAGGAGAUAGCAAUGGAUAACAUGGCGAGCAAUGAAAGCAAUAUAACUAAGCAGAUACAAGAGCAAGCAGCAUAUCCUCAACUUACAUUCGAGAGGGAGGAAACUGUUCCAACAAGCAGCACUGAUGCCAAUGGUAUGCCGAAAGAUAGCAUUACCCCACAUGUGCAACUGGGUGAAGAGGCCAAAAGCUACAUGCAGGAAAAAUGCAAAACUUCUGAAACAGAACAGCAUCAGGAAAAUUACGAAAACAAGAAAGAAGUGGAAUGUGAUUCAAAAGAAGCACCAGAGGAAUCCAGAUCAAGAGAGACACAAGCUAAAGCCGCACUUUCUGACCUUGUGCGUGUAUCAAUAAAAGAGACAUCAAAAAUGGAGGAAAACUUUGCUGAAGAAAGAGAAGACAAAGACAGAGAAGAGGAAGGAAUUCAACAUACAAGAGAAGUGUCAAGUUCUGAAGAUCCAGUGAUGGUAGAAAUCUCAAGAGAUGCUGAUAACAAAGUUCCUCACAAGAAACAUCAGAACAUAUUGUCAGGAGUUGGAUCAAAAGUCAAGCACUCAAUUGCAAAGGUGAAGAAAGCCAUCACUGGUAAGUCCUCUCAGACCAAGCCAUCAUCACCAAAGUAAGGCAGAGAAAAAGAUCAAGAUUUCACGUUAUACAAAGUUGUAAGUACUCAAGAAAAACAAAGUGAAAAGCUUUUCAGCUACUCAAGUUUUUAAUAAAGUAGAAAAGUUUGUUCAGAA